AUGGCCGAUGAAAUGAGCACUCUUCUGACACCUGAACUGUUUGAGACGCUGGUCGUUGCCAAGCUCCCUUUCUCCAUGACAGAGCCGCUUGACUUUGAAGACGUUGGCCAGAAGCAGUUUAAAGGCAAAACACCGAUCCCAAGCAAUGUGGUUGAGAGCGUCUGGCCAGUUCUCGAAGCUCUCAGUAAGCUCGGGCUGGAAUCUAUACCCAAUCUAUUGCAAUUCCUCCCGCCCAUCGCCGAUGACGGUUUUCCACGCCAGGCGCUAGGAUUGCAGCUACUGCUCGACCAGAUGACCAGGUCCCUACUAAGAGACAUCGACGGUCGUUGGAGAAGCGCAUAUUUCGAUGCGAUUAGUCUAAAAUAUGCGUAUAACUUGGACGCGCUUCCCGAUGAGCAGAAGCCGUGGUCAUGGAGUCGCUGGAAGACAUUUGCUACGCUCGACUUCUGGGUCCUUGCCCGAACUUGGUAUAUUUGCCCGUUUGUCCACUCGGACGAGGCCGCAGACCACGAACGCGCGCUGAUAUUCACCGAAGAGACUCGCAAUGUGGUCGAAAAAGAGACUGGGACUACUGACCCCUACCGUGCAAAGCGAGAUGCCAUUAUGUCUGACAUUUAUGGUGUAUCCUUGAUGCUCAAUGAAGGACCACCUGGAACUGGGGCAACAGUCCAGAUGUACGCAUAUUGGAUGUGCAAGCUCAUGGACAUCCAUACACCCAUCUUAAACAAGUUUGGGCGUUAUCCCUAUAGAAACGCCUACUUCGGGAGACAAGACACGCCAGAGGAGGAGGCCUGGGCUAAGAAGCGGGCCGGAAAUCCCAUGCCGUCCGAGAAACUCAAGAGUCGUCUAAAACAGGACAUAGAUGCCGGAAUUUGGACGCCUCUAGGCGCUGGAAGAAUUGCCUGA